AUGGGAUCUUCGCAGAUGGGCGGCAGCUCCUUGCUAAGAAAAAUCACCCGCCAAAUUUCGCCCCUCCAUAACCCAGAGGGCAUCACUUUUGGCAGACACAAACCGCUACCACCAAACCCGGCGGCUGACCCAUACGUGACGGGUCUGGUGGCCAAGUUGGCGCAGUUCGAGGUGGAACAUGUUGAACAAGGUACAGUACAAGAAGUCAUGUCACAGAAAGAAGGACAGAAACAAGGGCCAAAGCAAGGGCCAAAGCAAGGGCCAAAGCAAGGGCCAAAACCACAAAAGUCGGUGCCAGAAGCGCCAAAACAGAGAUCCAAGGCCCGUUUGACAGGAGCACGAGUGGCAGAGCUCGUGGACGCGGCAACCGCCGUUUCAGAAGGUAUGUUUGUGUUUUUUAUGUUUUUGGCUCCCAGAAUUGAGAGAGAGAGAGAGGAGAGUAAGAGGGAUGAGUAUGAGGAAGUAGCCGACUGA